GUUAUUGUUGGCACCAUAUAACUUGCUUUUCCUGGUUGCAAUUUCUACAGUCCUGGGACGCGGACUCUUACCUGCGAUCGGGUGUCACCUGAAGAUUUCUUGCCCUGUGUAGAGCGACAUAGCAAAAAUGGCAACCGGAAUGCCAUAUGGGCUUCAAGCCAUGCUUAAAGAUGGGCAUAAGCAUUUUAGCGGGCUUCAAGAAGCGGUCAUGAAGAACAUCGAAGCUUGCAAGGGUCUAGCGCAGAUCACCCGGACUUCUCUUGGACCAAAUGGCAUGAAUAAGAUGGUGAUCAACCACCUGGAGAAGCUUUUCGUUACAAGCGAUGCCAGCACGAUAGUUAGCGAGCUGGAGGUGCAGCACCCUGCCGCAAAGCUGCUCGUGAUGGCAGCAAAGGCGCAAGAGGCGGAGAUUGGCGACGGCACGAACCUGGUGCUGACGCUGGGUGGCGAGCUGCUGUCUAACGCCGAGUCGCUGCUGCGUGACGGGUUGCACACCGCGGAGGUGGUGGAGGGCUACCAGCGAGCGUGCGAGAAGGCUUUGGAGGUGUUGGAGUCGCUGGUGCUGCCCAACACCAAGGAUGUGGACGUGCGCGACAAGGCGGAGAUCGCGCGGCGCCUGAAGGGCUCCAUCAGCAGCAAGAUCAGCGGCUACGAGGAUCUGCUGGCGGGUCUGGUGGCUGAGGCGUGCAUCGAGGUGUGCCCCAAGAACCCCAACAACUUUAAUGUGGACAACGUGCGGGUCGUCAAGAUCCAGGGCGCCACGCUGCCCGACAGCCGCGUGGUGACGGGCAUGGUGCUCAAGCGCGACACGGAGGGCAGUGUGAAGGGCGUGACGGACGCCAAGGUUGCCGCCUACACGCAGGGGGUGGACACCUCCGCCACCGACACCAAGGGCACGGUGCUCAUUAAGAGCGCGGAGGAGCUGGAGAACUACUCCAAGUCGGAGGAGGCCAAGCUGGAGGAGUACAUCCGCGGCAUCGCGGACAGCGGCGCGCGCGUGGUGCUCAGCGGCUCCUCCGUGGGUGAGAUGGCGCUGCACUUUUGCGAGAAGUACGGACUCAUGGUGGUCAAGAUGCCCAGCAAGUUCGAGCUGGCGAGGCUGUGCCGCGCUACGGGAGCCACCGCGCGUGCUACCUUUGGAGCUCCCACUGCGGAGGAGCUGGGGUUUGCCAAGAGCCUGCGGGUGCAGGAGAUCGGCGGCACCAACUGCCUGGUGCUGCAGCAGGACGCGGCGCUGGGCUCCAUCGCCACCAUCGUGCUGCGCGGCUCCACAGAGGGCUUCCUGGACGAUGUGGAGCGGGCGGUGAACGACGCCAUCAACACCUACAAGGCGCUCUGCAGGGACUCGCGCAUGUUGGCGGGAGGGGGCGCGGCGGAGAUUGAGCUGGCGCGGCAGAUCGCCGACUUUGCCAAGAAGCAGACGGGUCUUGAGCAGUAUGCCAUUAACAAGUACGCGGAGGCCUUCGAGAUGGUGCCCCGCACCCUCGCCGAGAACUCCGGACUCAACGCCACAGACGCCCUCUCCGCGCUCUACUCCGCACACGCAGCCGGCCAGACCAACGCAGGACUGGAUGUGGACGGCGGCGCGCCUCGCGACCUUUCGACUUCCGACGGCAUUCUGGACCUGUUCUCCACCAAGUGGUGGGCUGUACGACUGGCGACGGAGGCGGCGUGUACGGUGCUCAAGGUGGAUCAGAUCAUCAUGGCCAAGCAGGCCGG